ACUGCCUGGAUUUCUCGGAACGGUUGAAAUUACUCUGGAAGCUCGAGCAAGCCAAGCUAGACCGGUUUUCCUCCUCGCGUAUAUAAGCCGGCAAAUCCCACGGAAUCACCACAGUCUUCGCAAAGCAUCCAGCAAAACAACUCAGCCAACAUGCAGGGUCUCCUGAUUUGCUCCUUGGCCAUCGUCGGCGUCGUGGUAGCUCUCCCUAGCGGGCCAGGCGUUGCUCCUCCUGCAACCUGCAGGUACUGGUGUCGUACCCCCGCCCCUGCGAAUCAAGUUUAUUGCUGCGAAGACAUCAGUGAGCCAGAGGGACCCGUUGGAGUGAAGAUUGGAAGCUGCCCCAGAGUUCGACCUGCCUGUCCCCCCGUCAGGAGUGGUGGGCCACCAUCCCCCUGCUCCAACGACUUCAAGUGCUUUGGAGCUGACAAGUGCUGCUAUGACGUUUGUCUAGAAGAACACGUCUGCAAGCCACAAAGCUUUUUCAACCAAGGAUUUCUAUACUAAUGCAAAUGCCAAAGCUUUUUGGGCUGAGGUGUUGGGGGUGGAAAUAACGUAAAAAUAUGUCUGGAGCAACAGAUCUGUGAGCCCCAAAUAAAUUAUAUUCGAGGAAAUUUGAACGUCAGGGAUUCAUCGUGGUUUUACUAAAUACGUGUGUUGAUAAUGUUUAUGUUAUUGUGCUCUGAUGAUAUGUUCCAUCGUUAUUUUGUUUUGUUUAGUCAUUUCUACAAAAUCUCUAUUUUGACACUUUUUUAAAAAUAAAUGUUAAUAUACAAA